GCAGGCUUUUUGGGUUGACAUUAAUCAACUAACUGAUAUUUGGAGCUUGGUAUGAUUUCUCACGCCGGAUAUUUCCCCAUGAAUUUGCCUGUUGUUUUGAUCAAUAAUGUCUUAAAUGUGCCUUCUAUGACAGAUGCUUGAGGGUCUUGUGAAGCAAUUGGCAUUGGACUUUGAAGUUGACAGCAUUGCCAAAGCAGCCAAGGUUUCUAAAGAAGCUAAGAUCGCAGAAGUUGGAGCUGACAUUCAACUAUUAACAAAGCAGAGUUGAAGCUCGCUAGUUCCAUCCUGAACUAGCAAAUGCUCAGCAUCUCGAAGGGGGAUGGAUGUUCUAAGGGGGAGUCAAAUAUCCGUGAUAUGCCAUUCUUUACACAAAGUACAGAGGAAGGAAAGUGCAAUCAUACAUGGUUACUGCAUUCAGGGGGAACAUGGAAUUGGAAAGAUCCAUUUACAAAAGAACUAAUUGAUAGAAACAAAACCAUGAGAGGGAAUUCUGGGUUUUCAUCUAGCCCAUCCCCUUCCUAAUGUCUUAGUUUUCUUUCCUUGUUUAAUUCCAUUAUCAGAAUUGCAUGCUGUUGGAUUUUAUCCCCCUCCAAAAGUUGUUCUGAAUAUCCUGACACUGUCUGUAGAGCAAAUAGGUAAAUGGUUGUAGUGGAUAAUCAGACUAGCUCGAACAAGUGAUGAUGAAGCAGCCAUUGUUGUUUCUGUCCUGAGUUUUCCACACUCUGAAUUUAGUCGAAGCACAAGAAAAGAUAAAACUGGAAUUAUCAA